AUGGCCGGUGGCGGGCGGCCGGGCUAUCGCUCGCCCCCUGGAAACGAUGGUAACCUUGUACAGGUCGAAGACACGGCCUCCGUAUACAACAGCGGCCAGCGCCCUCCAAGAUGCUCGGGCACGGGAUCGGAACAGCAUAUUGAGCCUAGGCGGCGGAUUGGUGGGGAGAGCAAAAAAUAUGCUUGGGAUGAAUCGCCGUACUCGGAAAUGGACUUGCCGUUGACUGAAACGGGUGCUAGAUCGGCCGGGGUAGAAACCGUUGGGGCAGACGAUGAUGGAGGAAGUUCAUCAAGACUCAAAGAGAAAAAAUUUAGUGCUAGUGAUUUCAAAUUUGGGUUUGGAAGGCGUAAGGUCGAUCCGUCGACGUUGGGCCCUCGAGUCAUCCUAUUCAACAAUUCUCCGGCGAAUGCGGCAAAUAGAUAUGUGGACAAUCACAUAUCAACUGCCAAAUACAAUGUGUUUACCUUCGUGCCGAAAUUCCUAUUUGAGCAAUUCUCUAAAUAUGCGAACUUGUUCUUCUUGUUCACUGCCGCCCUCCAGCAAAUCCCUAAUAUCUCCCCGACUAAUCGAUAUACCACCAUCGCCCCUCUCGCUGUUGUGCUCCUAGUGUCAGCUAUAAAGGAACUGGUUGAAGAUUGGAAACGGAAGACUUCUGAUAAAUCCCUUAAUUACUCGAGGGCACAGGUUCUCAAAGGCUCCACUUUUGAGGAUACGAAAUGGAUAAAUGUAGCAGUUGGAGAUAUCGUCAAAGUUGAAUCAGAGCAGCCUUUCCCCGCAGACCUGGUUCUCCUUGCAAGUUCCGAACCAGAGGGCCUUUGUUACAUUGAAACUGCGAACUUGGACGGCGAAACGAACCUCAAAAUAAAACAAGCUAUACCAGAAACGGCUGAUCUUGUUAGUCCCAGUCAACUCGGUAGGCUCACUGGGAGAAUCAAAUCCGAACAACCCAACUCCAGCCUUUAUACCUAUGAAGCUACAUUGACGUUGCAAGCUGGAGGUGGAGAAAAGGAGUUGGCCCUCAACCCUGAUCAACUCCUCCUCCGAGGUGCUACUUUGCGUAAUACCCCUUGGAUCCAUGGUCUUGUCGUUUUUACUGGCCAUGAAACGAAGUUGAUGAGGAACGCAACCGCAACGCCGAUCAAGAGAACUGCCGUCGAACGCAUGGUUAACCUGCAAAUUCUUAUGCUUGUCGGAAUUUUGCUUAUCCUUAGCUUGAUCAGUUCGGUAGGACACUUGGUUGUUCGGAUGAAAUCUGCGGACGAGCUCACCUACCUAUACAUCGGGAAUGUUAAUGCGGCUCAACAAUUCUUCUCUGAUAUUUUUACCUACUGGGUCCUCUACUCUAACCUUGUUCCUAUAUCUCUAUUCGUGACUAUAGAAAUAGUCAAGUAUUAUCAUGCUUUCCUCAUAAAUUCUGACCUAGAUAUUUACUACGACAAAACCGACACAUCUGCCACCUGCCGUACCUCUUCUUUGGUCGAAGAGUUAGGCCAAAUUGAAUACAUCUUCUCUGACAAAACAGGCACGUUAACAUGCAACAUGAUGGAGUUUAAGCAAUGUUCUAUCGGCGGGCUUCAGUAUGCCGAAGUUGUAUCCGAGGACAGAAGAGUGGUGGAUGGCGAUGACUCAGAAAUGGGAAUGUAUGACUUUAAACAACUCGUUGAGCAUUUGAACUCGCAUCCCACCCGGACAGCAAUCCAUCACUUUCUUUGUCUACUAGCUACGUGCCACACCGUCAUUCCAGAGAGAAAGGCGGAAAAGCCAGAUGUUAUCAAAUACCAGGCUGCGUCUCCCGAUGAAGGCGCACUAGUCGAGGGUGCAGUUAUGAUGGGCUACCGAUUCACGAACCGGCGACCGAAGUCUGUUAUCAUCUCUGCGAACGGUCAAGAGCAGGAAUUUGAAUUACUUGCGAGCAACGACUAUCGAAAGAUAAGCUGCAAGAUGGCGUUCCAGAUACAAUUCAUACCUUGCAAACAGCGAGCAUCAAAGUUUGGGUUUGACUGCGACAGACAAGAAACUGCUAUCAACAUUGGCAUGAGUUGCAAAUUGAUCUCAGAGGACAUGGCUUUAUUGAUUGUAAACGAGGAGUCGGCGCUGGCUACAAAAGAAAACUUGUCCAAAAAGCUGCAGCAGGUUCAAAGCCAAGCCGGUUCUCCGGACAGCGAGACAUUGGCACUUAUCAUUGACGGUAAAUCUCUAACGUACGCUCUUGAAAAGGAUAUGGAGAAGAUCUUUCUGGACUUGGCUGUUAUGUGCAAAGCUGUCAUUUGUUGUCGUGUAUCUCCCCUUCAAAAGGCUCUUGUCGUUAAGCUUGUCAAACGCCAUCUCAAGGCAUUACUUCUUGCGAUUGGCGACGGUGCAAACGAUGUUUCCAUGAUCCAGGCCGCCCAUGUGGGUGUCGGUAUUAGUGGUGUUGAAGGUCUUCAGGCAUCCCGCAGCGCCGAUGUCGCAAUCGCCCAGUUCCGCUUUCUUCGGAAGUUGCUUCUUGUUCACGGCGCUUGGAGUUAUCAACGUAUCAGCAAAGUUAUUCUCUAUUCAUUUUAUAAAAAUAUUGCAUUGUACAUGACUCAAUUUUGGGUUAUUUACGAAUCUUGGACUCUGUCAUUUUAUAACGUUUUUUUCACAGUCAUGCCCCCGUUCGCCAUGGGCAUUUUUGACCAAUUCAUUUCCGCACGCCUUCUAGACAGAUACCCACAACUUUACCAGUUAGGCCAGAAAGGGGUAUUUUUCAAAAUGCACAGUUUCUGGUCCUGGAUUGGCAAUGGUUUCUACCACUCUCUCAUUGCCUACUUCCUCUCUCAAGCAAUCUUCCUUUGGGAUCUCCCUCUGGCGAACGGCAAAUUAGCUGGCCACUGGUUCUGGGGAACGGCACUCUAUACCGCCGUCCUCGCCACGGUUCUUGGAAAAGCUGCCCUAGUCACCAACAUCUGGACCAAAUACACCUUCAUUGCCAUUCCCGGCUCGAUGAUAAUCUGGAUGGGAUUCUUGCCGGUUUACGGUUUCUCCGCGCCCAGAAUUGGAGCCGGAUUUUCGACAGAAUACGAAGGAAUCAUCCCCAACCUCUUCCAGUCACUUGUCUUCUGGCUCAUGGCCAUUGUGCUACCAGUCGUAUGUCUCGUGCGUGAUUUUGCCUGGAAGUACAUCAAGCGCAUGUAUUUCCCGCAAGCGUACCACCAUGUGCAGGAGAUACAGAAAUACAACGUGCAAGACUACAGACCUCGGAUGGAGCAAUUCCAGAAAGCGAUUCGCAAAGUUAGACAAGUGCAGCGCAAUCGAAAACAGAGAGGCUACGCAUUUAGUCAGGCGGAUGAGGGCGGACAAAUGAGAGUUGUUAAUGUUUACGAUACUACUAGAUCUAGAGGGAGGUAUGGGGAAAUGGCGAGUUCCAGGACUCUUGAUAUUUGA